AUGGCGUCCACUGAGGAACCAAUCCCUGUUUCCUCUGACAUUGAAGCCAAUAUUGAGGCUAACGUCGAGGCUGAUAUCGAGACCGAUGCCGAGGCUGCGCCUCCAGCUACCCCUGUAGACUCGACCAUGCUCUCCGGAAGUGAAGAGUCCAGCAAGUCUAGUCCCGAGGCAUCCAAAGAGAACAUUCCGGUUUCUCCUACCAAGACUGUUGCUGGUACGCCAUCCAAACGUCCUGUUGCGGGCACUACAACUGCCAAGCGGCCGCUUUCGACCGCGUCGAAGACCGGAGCUACGCCAACUACUCGCACCAGUACGAGCAGCACACUGAACAAGCCUCCUACCCGGCCUACUACUACCGCCCCCACCGCCACGCGGAAGCCUUUGGGUACCUCUACCACGUCGUCCCACCGGUCUCGUGCGUCUGUUAGUAGCUCUGCAGAUGAAAAGCCCCGAUCAGUCGCAAGCUCUGGGGAUGAGAGGCGCAGCAUCUUGGGUACAUCCAAGCGCACUUCUAUGGCUGCCACUCCCUCUACGCGGGCCCCGUUGAAGUCCACGUCGACCCUCGACCGCAGAUCCAGUAUCGCUGGCCCGGCUUUGGAGAGAAAGACUACAGCUCCUUCCACUGCUACGUCCCGCACGGCUACCUCCACCAGCAGACCAGUCGGUAAGCUGACAUCUUCGACCACUCCAAGUGCUCGACCGACCUCCUCGAGCUCAGCUACUCGCACUACGACAACCCGCCCAACGACCGCCACUACCACCACCGCUCGUACUACGGCGCCUUCUACGAGAGACCCGACCAAGCGCUUGAGCACCAUUUCUGGGGUGACUUCCAGGAGUGCAGGGGAAUCGGAGAAACUGCAGGCCCUGCAGGCGAAGCUCUCAGAGAGCGAGGAGACUGUCGCCAACCUCAGGGCUGAGCUUGAUGCGGUUAACAAGAGGCUGACCCAACUUUCCGCUGCUGGAGAGGAGGCCGCCAAGGACAGCAGUGUCACGGAGUCAAUUCAGGCAGAGCAUUCUUCUGAAUUGGCGAAAUUGGCUUCAGCUCAUGCGGAGCAGCUUGGGUCUUUGCAGGCUCGGCUUGAUGAGGCGGAGACGCAGCGCAAAGAGUUGGAGGAGAAGUCACAGAAAGAGCUCGAGGCCGCUAAGCAGUCAGCUAUUGCUCAAGGAGACGAUCAAUCGGCCGCUGCUCUCGAUGAACUCAAGGAAACACACAAGGCUCAAUUGGAAGCUCUUGAGAAGGAGCUCUCGGGCUACAAGGAGUCUGUCACUGCCUUUGAGGGGCAAAUUGAGGCUUUGAAAAAGGACCUCGAGACGCAGAGGGCUCAAUUGACCGAGGACAAGGCUUUGGCUCUCAACAACCUCGAACGUGAAUUAGAGGGCCGCGACCAAGUGCUUGACAACUUGAAGGCUGAGCUUAGCAAGCUGGGUGCUGCCAAGGACGAGGAAAUCAAGGCAGAGAAGGAUGCUGCUGAGAAGUCCACUUUAGCCCUUCGCGAGCAAGUUGCUUCAUUGGAAGCCAAGAUAGCCGAAUCCGAGUCCACCACUCAGAACGAUUCAGAGGAAAUCACGAACUCCUUAGCCGAGAAGGAUCAGGAGAUCGCAGAUCUCAAACAGAGCCUAGCCAAGGUUCAAGCAGACCUUCAAGAUGCACAGGUUGCCGCUGCUGAUGCACUCAGUGCCAAGGUCAAGGAAUUAGAGUCUGCCCACGAAGCCGCCAUUGCAAACGUGAAGCUCGAGCACGAACAAGCGUUGAGCGCCCUUUCAGCCUCGUACGAAGAAGAGCUUACCGUUGCCAAGGCCGCUGCAGAAUCCACUGGUGCUGAGCACGCUCAGCAACUGCAAGAAUUACGUGAUGCAUUGGAGUCCGCCAAGGCUGCUGCGCAGGGGGACAACGAAAAUGCCAUUUCAGACCUGAAGGCUGCGCAUGAGCUUGAGCUCAAGUCUCUUCAGCAUACACUGGAGGAGUCUGAGAAGGCUCUGGCCGAGUCUCGACAGACUUUGGAAGGUCAUGCCGCAGCGCGGGAGUCUGCCCUCCAAGAAAUCGAGGCCCUUCGUCAGAAGGUUGGAGCUCUGGAGCCACAGGUCUCUAGUGGGGCUGGCAAGAUUAACGCUCUUCAGCAGGAGGUUCAAAGCAAGCAAACCGAAGCUGAGGAACUCUACCGCAGUUUGAAGAAUCUCGAGGGCGAGUCUCAGUCUAGGGAUGUCGAGAAGGAGAACAAGCUGAAGGGCCUUGAAGACAAGGCCGCCGAGGCUACUCGACUUCUCGAAGAGCACACUGCAAAGACAAUUUCCGUGUCCGAGCAGCACGCCCAAACUAUUGAGGCCCUCAAGGCUGAGCACGCCGCCGAGUUGGCGCGGGUUUCAAAGGAAGCCUCUGGCUCUAACGCAGAUGCUUUGACUGCCCUUCAGCAAGAGCACGACGAGCUUUUGGCUAAAAACCGAGAGUUGGAGUCCCAAGCUUCUCGCGUUAAAUCUCUCGAGGUUGAAUUGAUGGCGGCUCAAAACAACUACGCUGAUGACAUUAAGUCUCGUGAGAAUGAGACUGCUAAGCUCCAAAAGCAGAUUGAGGAAACCCAGGCCAAGGCUCAGGCUGAGCUUAAGGAGUUGGAGGCUUCCACCGCUGCCAAGAAUGAUUCUCAUGCGAGGGAGAUCAUUAAGCUGCAGAAGGAGUUUGAAGCGAAAAUGGCCCGGAUGCGGGUUGAAAAUGAGGCUGCCGAUAAGGCUUUCACUGCCGAGGCCGAUGCCGAACAUGGAAGAGCCAUUGAGGAGCUUCUCAACCUCCAGGAGACUAAGUUGGCUAAUCUGAGAGCUGAGCUCGACGCAUCCUACGAAGCUAGACUUGGUGAUCUGCAGAAUAUCCAUGAGGCGACCCUGGCUAAGGUCAAUGAGCAACUCUCUCAGGCCAAGGCAGCUGCGCAGGAUACAUCUAGUCUCGAUGGUCUGGCGGCCACGGUGGCCGAGCUGGAACAGAAGCUGGCAGCUUCAGAAAAGACCCAUGUGACUUUCCAGGAAUCUGCGGCCAUCGCCUCGCGGGAGAUCCAGGAGAAACAUGCCGCAGAGUUUGCCAAGAUGCAGGCUCAGCACUCGGAGCUUGCAGCGAAGCACGAUUCUGCGCUUGCCCAAGUCGGAGAGCUUCAAAAGUCUCUCGCCACCUCUAGCGGCAAGACCUCCGAGUUGGAGUCUAUCCUGAAGCAGCUUUCACAGUCCCAAGAAGAGGUUGCCGCUUUGAAGGCGAAGCACACCACUGCCAGUCAAGAGCUAGAGCAGACCCGGUCCGUGAAUAAGAUUAUCGAAGAAAGACUUGCCAACGGCGAGCAGAACCUGAACGAUCAAAUUGACAAGAACAUGGCUCUUCUCAACCAGCUUGGUGAGCUCGAAUCGACUAUUUCUGCUGGUCGGCGACGAGUGCGUGAGCUCGAGGCGGACUUGGCUACUCUGAAAUCAGGGGGCAACUCGAAUACCAUGAGCAAUGCGAACGCAGAGAAAGAUAUGAGCACCUCGUCGGGCUUGAAUACAAGCCGGUGGGCAUCAGCAGAUGAGGGCGAACAAGCUGAAGAUGGAGGUCCAGCCACAACCGAAGGUGAGGACCUUGGUUCAUCCAUCGAGGGAACGAUGGCAAGCAUUCAGGAACAGCUUAAGCAUAUUCGAUCGGCAAACGAGGAGUGGUAUGAUGAGCAUCGCAGGCUUAUCGGAGACUUAUCCCAACUGUCCCGGCGGGCCACUCCCAACCCUCCCAGCAAGACAUCUACACCCGGCCCUGAAAUUGUAGUGAUCGUUUCAGAGUCGGGGAGCAGUCGUGUUUCCGCCCGGUCAUAA